AUGACCACCCCCUACGCCCGCGAACUCGAGAUCGCCCAGCUGGCCGUGCAGCGCGCCGCCAUACUCACCAAGCGCGUCUUCCACGAGAAGGCCAAGGGCACGGUAUCCAAGGACGACGCGUCGCCGGUGACGGUGGGCGACUUUGGCGCGCAGGCGCUCAUCAUCGCCGCGCUGCGCCACAAUUUCCCCGGCGACGCCAUCGUCGCCGAGGAGGAGUCCGCCCAGCUGCGGGCGGAUGAGGGGUUGCGCGAGCUGAUUUGGGGGUUGGUGAGGGGCACCAAGUUGGAGGAUCCCGAGGCGGAGGGGUUGUUGGGGGGUGGAGUGCGGGAUGUGGAUGAUUUGUUGGAGGUGGUGGAUUUGGGGAGGAGUGCAGGGGGGAGGGAGGGGAGGGUGUGGACGCUGGAUCCGAUUGAUGGGACGAAGGGGUUUUUGAGGGGUGGCCAGUAUGCGCUGGCGCUGGCGUUGUUGGAGGAUGGGGAGGUGAAGGUGGGUGUGCUGGGGUGCCCGAACCUGCCGGUUGAUGAUGCGGCGCCGUUGACGGUGGAUAUCGGCGCGAACCAGUCCGAUGACGAGGGACGCGGUGUGAUCUUCUCGGCGGUCAUUGGCCAGGGUGCUACUAGCAGGCCGUUGAGCACGGGCGGGCUGACGGAGGGGAAGAGCAUCAAGAUGAAGGAGGUGACUGAGAUGGCGAGCGCGAGCUUCUGCGAGAGUGUGGAGGCGGGACACUCGAACCAAUCCGAGUCGGCGCAGAUUGCGCAGAAGUUGGGUAUUACGAAACCUAGCGUCAGGAUGGACUCGCAGGCCAAGUACGGCUCUAUUGCUCGCGGCGCUGGCGAUAUCUAUCUGCGCCUGCCGACUUCCAAGACCUACCAGGAAAAGAUUUGGGACCAUGCGGGCGGCGACCUGAUCGUCCGGGAGGCUGGCGGCCAAGUCACUGACACUAAGGGGCGGCGUCUUGACUUUGGGGUUGGCAGAACGCUGGCUAGCAACAGCGGCGUGAUUGCCGCGCCCGCCGCAGUCCACAACCAGGUUCUCGAUGUCGUCCAGGAGGUGCUCGGGCUGAAAUAA